AUGCACGAGUUGCCUGUGCAGUCUGCCAUCGUCAGCCCGAAGCCUGGCAGUACCACGGAGCUCGACGACCUGGAGGUCAAGGGCUUCGCUUGGAGCGGUGGAGGUCGCGGCAUCGUGCGUGUGGACGUGUCAAUCGACGAGGGCAAGACCUGGAUCACAGCGGAGCUUUCUGAUGGCAAGGACCAAUGCUAUAAUCGUGCAUGGGCCUGGACCUUCUGGGAGGCUUCAGUUCCCGUUCCUGCGGAGCUGCAGGGCAAGGAAUUCACGGUCCUCUGCCGUGCUGUAGAUUCUGCCUACAGUACACAGCCAGAGCGGCCAGAACCUCUGUGGAAUCUGCGUGGCUUGAACUGCAACUGCUGGCAUAGAGUGCCGAUCCGACACCAGGAGUAA